GCGCGGGUACCACAAGGUUGUUUCUUCACCACAAGGUUCAGAUACACGUAUAAAUUGCACUGAAACCGUACAACAAGCAUCAUUGGAUCGACAUCAGUCAAACCAAACACCUAUCAAAAUGUUCAAGCUGUUCAUCUUCGCGUGCUUCCUGGCCGUGUGCGCCGCCAGCCCCAGCCCCAAGGCCGACCCCAAGGCCGACCCCAAGGCUGACCCAGCCCUCAUCGCGCCUGUAGCAUACACGGCCGCCUACACCGCGCCCGUCGCCUACUCCGCCGCCUACACCGCCCCCGUCGCCUACUCCGCUGCCUACACCGCGCCCCUCGCCUACUCCCCGUACUACGCGUCUCCCUACGCCGCCUACUACCUGCGAUGAUUUAUCUGACUAAUACCAAAGAUUGUGAUACUGACAUGAAUGCUCAAUAAGGAUUAGCAAUAAAACAAUACUGCAAUAGAAAACAA